UCUCUCGCGCGUGCAGUGCGGUAGAACGUGCAGGUGAUGGGAGGAGGAGGAGGAAGAGGAGGGAGGUGCGUGGACCGAGCAUGCGGGACUUGGACUUCAGGGGGCAAAAGACGCAUAGAACACGCGGACCAGUUCCCGCAACACACUUCCUCCCCUGCCCGCGCGAGCUCCCGAACCGGACUGCCGAUUACUUUUUUUUCCAUUAAUCUGUCCGGUCGGAGCGCGCGAGACCGCCGUUUGUUCGUAAGGCUCGGGACUCCAUAAGCGGUCCGUAACUUUUAUUUAUUGAACGGAUUUGUAGAAAUGUGCGCGGUUGGCACGCGAGCAGCAGACUGCAGAGGAGACUGAGGUAAGAGGAGGAGGACGAACCGGGAAGGACUUUACUGAGGAAAAAGAGAGAAAAAGAUAUAAUAAAGCAAGGAGACUGCUUAUUUCCCGAGCGAGGACAAAGCAGCCGUUGUCGCGUGCAUGCUGAAGAAAGAAGGAGAGGGAGAGAGAGAGCGAUAUAUAGCUAGAUAGACAGAUAGAGGGAGGGAGAGAAGCGUCCCGAGUUGAAGUCACGGAUCUCUCUCUCUCCUCUCUCUCUCUCUUUUGUGUUCUACUGCAUUGCAGUUUAAACCCGGUGCAAAGCGAAAGAGAGCGGCUCGCGCGCCGUGCAGCAUCUAAAUGAACCGGAGAAGGAGAGAAAAACCCGGUACCGAGUGGAUCUUUUUUAUUAUUACAGAUAGGAUUUUCGCCAAAGAGGAUGUGUUUUUGUUUUAAUGCGUUCAUCUCGCACGUGCAGACGUGACUGGAGCAACUAAGGAAGUGCAAGAUCAUCUAAAAAAAAGAGAGAGAGAGAGAGAGAGAGAGAGAGAGAAAAGAAACACACACACACACCCACACACACACACACAGAGGCAGAGACUAAAAAUUAUUACUGGAACUGGAGCACGAGGAAGCUGCAGAGAGAUAAAGAGAGAAGGAGAAAGAGAGCCAUGGGGAUCUUGAGCGUUGGCGCAGUGAGCACACAGCUCUGCUGUUACCUCGUGCUCGUGCUGCAGCUGCUGACUCAGGUCGAUUCAGCGCUGCGCUACCGGGUCGCUGAAGAAGGUCCGGCAGAUGUGCGCAUCGGCAAUGUGGCCAACGACCUGGGACUCGCGACGUCCGGCAUCGGCACAGGCGAUGUGACUUUUGCGCUGGAGUCUGGUGCAGAGUACUUCAAGAUAGAUAACGUGACGGGUGAACUGACCACCAGCACCCGGCGUAUAGACCGCGAGAAGUUACCUCAGUGUGCCAUGAUAUUUGACGAGAACGAGUGUUUCCUGGACUUUGAAGUUUCGGUGAUCGGGCCGCUCCAAAGCUGGGUGGAUCUUUUUGAAGGCCGUGUCGUCGUAACCGACAUCAACGAUAACACACCUUCGUUCCCGUCUCCGAUGCUAACUCUGUCCGUGGAAGAAAACAGACCGAUCGGAACACUUUAUCUUCUGCCCACGGCUACGGACCGCGACUUCGGACGCAACGGUAUCGACCGCUACGAGCUCGUGCACCAGGAUGCCGUUUCCGGGUCACGCAGACCCAAUCCCAGCAUGGCUACAGGAACCGAAAGGAAUGGCGGCGGUGAGAGGAGGCGUGUCCAAGAGUCUGGGCCUACCCAAAAUGGGCGGAGCAACAGCGUCUUUGAGUUGCAAGUUGCCGAUACACCUGAUGGACAGAAGCAGCCACAGUUGAUUGUAAAAGGACCGCUGGACAGAGAGGCACGCGAUUCCUAUGAGCUAAUUCUUCGAGUACGAGAUGGUGGAAAUCCACCACGUUCUUCUCAAGCGUUGCUCCGUAUCUCCAUCACCGACGUCAAUGACAACAACCCACGUUUCGAAAGGGCUGUUUAUGAAGCCGAAAUGGCUGAAAACACACCUCCAGGAACACCUGUGCUUCAGGUCCGAGCUUCAGAUCGUGAUGUCGGAGUAAACGGGCAGGUGGAAUAUGUUUUUGGUGCCGCAACAGAAUCUGUACGCCGGCUACUUCGCCUUGACGAGGCCUCGGGUUGGCUCAGUGUGUUGCACCGAAUCGACCGUGAGGAAGUUUCCCAACUUCGCUUUACAGUAACCGCAAAAGACCGAGGCCAACCACCUCGCACGGACCGUGCCACAGUCAUACUCAACGUACGAGAUGAAAACGACAAUGUUCCCGUUAUCGAUAUCCGCAAAAUCGGACGCAUCCUUGUACGAGACGGAGCUGCCAUGGUGCCCGAGAAUGUUCUAGUGGACACUCCUGUAGCUUUGGUCCAAGUUUCAGAUCGUGAUCAAGGAGAAAACGGAGCUGUGACAUGCACAGUGGUGGGAGACGUCCCGUUUACGCUAAAACCCGCGGGAGAAAAUGCGCUAGCUCCUCCUCCAGCUGUUGAUGACGCCUUUGAACGAAACAAAAAGAAGUUUUUCCUGCACACUUCGGCGCUUUUGGACUAUGAAACCACGAGGGAUUACAGUGUCACGAUUGUUGCUGUGGAUUCUGGAAGUCCCAGUUUGUCCGUUAACAGCACAUUGAUGGUGCGAGUGGUGGAUAUAAACGAUCACGCUCCCACAUUCGCUCAAAAUCUCGUGGAAGUUCAUUUUGCCGAAAACAACACCCCCGGGGAGCGAGUGGUCACCGUGGUGGCAUCUGAUGCCGACAGCGGCAAAAAUGCAGAAAUCGCGUAUUCCCUGGAUCCAUCCGUGAACGGUACUUUUUACAUAGACACUGAUAACGGAGAUAUACGUGCGACCGGGGUGCUAGAUCGAGAACAGCGUGACAGAUAUGAGUUCCGCGUAAUCGCGCGAGACAAAGGCACUCCGUCUUUACAAGGUUCUACGACCGUGGUUGUCCAGAUAACGGAUAGGAAUGACAACGCUCCAAAGUUUGUCCAGGAUGUCUUCAUGUUUUACGUGAAAGAGAACUUGCUCUCCAACAGUCCAGUCGGCAUGCUGACCGUUACGGACGCGGACGGUGGGGAGAAUGCGGAGUUGAGUUUGUUCGUGGAGGAGGAUGAUGAUGAAGAGGAAAAUGACACAGGAAGUAGAAAGCAGGAAACCGUGACCAAGACGUUCUCUAUUGAAAACAACACUGGAACCAUCUUUUCCGCGUUGUCGUUUGACCGUGAGCGCCGCAGCACAUACAAAUUCCGUGUUCGGGCCAUAGAUGGAGGUGACCCGCCCCGAUCCGCCACUGCCACGGUCUCUCUCUAUGUCACAGAUGAAAACGACAAUGCUCCUUCCAUCAUCUCUCCCUCCAAUGACUCCUACACGCUCCUAACCCCCUCCAGCGGCGCCCGUACCGUUGUGAGAACCGUGACGGCCUCGGACAGCGACGCCGGGUCCAACGCAGACCUGCGCUAUGCUCUGAUUGGUGGUAACCCCUUCCAUCUAUUUGAGAUCGGCUUAAGCAGCGGCGUCAUCACGCUGACCGAGCCGCUGGAGAGACGACACCGAGGACUCCACCGCCUGGUGGUACGUGUGAACGACAGUGGAGUUCCCUCGCUGUGUGCCACGGCACUCGUUCACGUCUUCGUCAAUGAGAGUCUCACCAACGCCACCCUGGUGGACGCUCAGGUGGCACGCAGUUUGGGGGUCCCCCUGUCCCUGGACAUUGCAGGUGACCCUGAUAACGAGAGGAUUCUGGGUAAGCAGCGUCUCAGUGUGGCGAUCGGCGUGCUGUCCGGUGCGGCCGCUGUGGUUCUGAUCAUCCUGCUGGUCCUGACGGCGCGUCAGUGUGGAGCGCUCGGGAAGAACGGCUAUGAGGCCGGAAAGAAAGAACCCGAGGAGGAUUUCUUCACACCCCGGCCCCCCUCACAACCGCCGCCCGAGAAAAAAAAGCGUCGCGAUGCAGAGAAACGUGACGUCCGGUCCAAAUCUGAGCGCUCGCUGUACGCCGGGAUCGUCACAGUGAACAGCUGCAGACGCACCGAAGAAGAAGAAGAGGAGGAAGAGGAAGUAGAGGAGGAACAGGAAGUGAGUCAGCGCAUCGGCACCAGGCGUCACCGCUCCAGCCCUGACCUGGCUCGUCACUACAAGUCCAGCUCUCCGCUACCGGCCGUCCAUCUGCAGCCCAACUCUCCACCGGUGGAGGGGAAGAAGCACCAGGCCGUGCAGGAACUCCCUCCCACAAACACCUUCACAGGGAACGGGAACGGGAACGCUGACGCCAUGUCGCUCAGCUCCGACCACUGCUCCGACUACAGCUGCCAUAACAACAAGUACAGCAAACAGCCAUUGCGCAGGGUGACGUUCUCCGUGGCGACAGAUGCUGGUUGCUAUGACAGUGGGGUGGACGAGUCGGAGACACCGAGCAGUAAGAGCAGUAAGAUUGGCGUCUUGUCUCUUCCGGAAGACGGAUACGAGAGAACAACACCUGAGGGGAGUGUGGGGGAGGAGGAACACGUGGAGAAUGACUCGAGGCAGCUCCCUGACGUGGCUUUGACAGGAAAAUGCACUCGUGACUGUGGUGAGUAUGGCCACUCUGACACCUGCUGGAUGCCGGUGCAGUCAUCACCACGGCGACACCAGGGCAACGGAGCACCACGGCAACGCAUGUCCAGCUUCACCUCAGCAGGCGACGACAACAACAAUCACGACAACAGCGAUCCAGAGGAAGAAGAAGGAGAGGAGGAUGAUGGCUCAGACCAAGGCAGCGGAGGGGGUGGAGCCAACGACACACGCAGUCCUCUGGCCAACGGAGAGCCGCUCGCAAGCCGUCGUCAUGGAGACCGCAACAGGAACAUAGGGGAUCACAAUCGAAACCUGCUGAACCGCAAGAUGACAUCAGCAUCAUAUGACACCUUUAGCAGCGCUAGGUUCGGAGGUCAAUGCCAUGGUGAUGACUCAGAGGUGCCCCGCCCACACGAGGUUAUUCCACUGACCCGGGCAGGGGGUGGAGACUUCAAAACAACAUCAUGCCUGACACUGUCACGCAGGGAAGUUUACCUGUGAGGAACAUCUAAGACACAUUUUGAAACCUGAGACACGAACUCACACCUGAGAUAUGAACACAGACUCACACCUGAGACACAAACACACACCUGAGACACGAACUCACACCUGAGAUACCAACACAGACUCACACCUGAGACACCAACACAGAUUCACACCUGAGAUAAAAACUCAGCUGACUUUGUAUUUGACUAGACCCUGAACUCAACCUUGAGAUCAAACAGGAAGAUCCAUCAACUGAGCUAUAAACCUGUACCUGAGAUAUGAAGUUAGCCCUGAGGAACAUUCACCUAAGCUAGGAAUCUGAACUUUAAAUGCAAAGUUCAAGCCAAAGUGGUGAGGAACCUGCUUGUUCUCACCUGAGGUACCCAUCGGCAUCUUAGCUACAAAAUCUGAGCUCAAACAAACUCAGACCUGAGCUACCAGGUUUUGGAUUCACACCUGAAUUAGGAAUUCACAUGGAAUUUCUGAAAUACGAAAAACCUGAAACAUUCCCACCUGAGAUACAAGGUGUUCCUCACUCCUUCACCACCUCUUAUUUCCAACACACAACUGCCAAUACACAGCUUCCAGAUCUUACCUGAGCUACAAAAACACACCUAAGAUACCACUUCUCACCUAAGUUACUAAUCCACCUGAGCUCCAAAUUCUCACACAAUGUACCAGUAAAUACACCUGCAAAGUGAGUUUACAACAUGAGCUCAGCUGAGCUGCCAAUCCUCACCUGACCAGUCAUCAGUUGGGCUACCAGCCCUUAUCUGACCAGUUAUUAUCUGGGCUGCCUGUCUUUACCUGGGAUACCAGUCCUCACCUGACCACUCCUCACCUGGACUACCAGUCCUCAGCUGACCAGUUAUUGCCUAGGCUCCCUGUCCUCACCUUGGCUACCCACCCUUACCUGACGAGUCCUCACCUGACCGAUUAUUACCUGUCCUUCUCACCUGGACUACCAGUUGUAAACUGGGCUAGCAACAUUUACCUGAGGUACCAGUACACAAUUGAGCUACUUGAAAUGUGAAUUCUCCCCUGAGCUUCCAGGUCUUACGUGCACAAUGAGUUUGUACCUGAGCCACAAACUCAAACCUGGAGUGAGAAUCAUCUCCUGCUCAGGACGAGUUUCAGGAAUUUCAGGACUUUGGCUCUGGAACUGAAUGUUUCUCAUCCCAUCAUUUCUGUGGACGAGAAUCGAAAGCUGAGCCGAGGAUUCUGAGCUGCACCGAGUCGUCUCACAGACUUUAAGAAGCUGUUGAAGAAAAACUCUUGAACAUUGCAUGUUUGAUCUUCAGUUGGAAAAAAAAUCUGAAAAAAAUAGAGGAUUUGAAAUGAGUUUAUAAACUGAAUUACUUUUAGGGCUCUUUAAAAGACUUUAAAAGUAACAAGCUGCAUGUUGGGUCUCCUGGAGAAGCUGUGAAGAGAGAGAAAGAGACAGAGAGAGAGAGACAGAGAGAGAGAGCGCACUUCUACAGACCUGACCCUGGUGUGGUGGGGCUGGUGGCCAUAGUGGGGAUGGUAGGGAUGGUGGGGGUGGUAAGACU